UCAGCUUAGUCACGUGACUUUGCUGUUUCCGUUUCAGAAAACGUGAACUGUGACCGAUGACGUCACACUACAUGGAAGAAAUGAAAACAGAAACUUAGACCUUAGACAGUCCUCGGUAAAGCGUCAACCAAAAGCGAGUGUGUGAUUCAGAAUGCUCCCGUCCUCCUGCGACACCUUCGUGGCUCUGCCGCCUUCCACUGAGGGACAGCGCGUCAUCUUCGGGAAAAACUCUGACAGGCCUUGCGAUGAAGUCCAGGAGGUGGUGUAUCUCCCUGCCAGAGACCACGGUGCAGGGGAGAAGCUUGAGUGUACAUACAUAGAGAUUGAGCAGGUGGCCCACACGUAUGCAGUUGUGUUAAGCAAACCAGCCUGGCUGUGGGGCGCCGAGAUGGGUGCAAAUGAGCAUCAAGUGUGUAUUGGAAAUGAAGCCGUGUGGGGCAGAGAGAGUGCAGAUGGCGACGAAGCGCUUCUCGGCAUGGACCUUGUCAGGAUUGGACUUGAGAGAGCCGAUACAGCUGAGAAAGCGGUGGAUGUUAUUACGGAGUUGCUGCAGAAAUAUGGCCAGGGAGGAACGUGCAUGGAGGAUGAGUGCAGCUUUACCUACCACAACAGCUUCCUCAUUUCAGACAGGAAAGAGGCCUGGCUGCUGGAAACGUCAGGGAAGCACUGGGCAGCAGAGAGAGUGGAAGGUGGAUAUCGCAACAUCUCCAACCAGUACAGCAUAACGACUAAGAUCGACAAAGAACAUCCGGAAAUGAGGGAAUAUGCGCGAGGCCAGGGCUGGUGGGAUGGAGCCACUCCGUUCAACUUCUCCACCGUCUACUCCUUUACGACCACGGCCAGAAUAGAAGCCUCUGGGAGCAGAUACUGCGAGGGGAAGAAGUUGCUGGAGAAGAACGACGGUCACAUCACUGCGGAGACGAUGAUGGACAUCCUGAGGGAUAAAGAUAGCGGCAUCAACAUGGAGGGCCUGUUCAUGACAACAGGAAGCAUGGUGUCUGUGAUACCCACCGAUCCCACUCUGCCGGGGGUCCACUAUUUCACAGCAACUCCGGACCCUGAACGGUCUGUGUUCAAACCUUUCGUCUUCGUAAAGAACAAUAAUGAGCUGAAGGAGACGUCUUCUCCCAGUUACGGGGCAGACGACCCCGUGAAGAAGAAACCCCGCUUCCAGAGCAAGCCGGACCGCAAGCACGCCUUGUUCCUCAAACACGAACUGGUGGCGGCCGUCAUUGAAGUCCACGAGGACAGAGGAAAGAAGAUCACAGAAGGUAUAAGGACGCUGGAGAAGGAGAAGAGGACACAGAUGGAGGAGAUUCUUACCAAUGGUAUUGUGGAACAGGAUUUUUUGGCGAAUCUGUUUUCAAGCUGUGUUCAGGGGGAGAUGGGUCUCUACGGUAAAAGCUGAAACCACGAAACAUGUAGCAAGGGAGAAAGUAGCAGCAGACGCUUCUGCAUUUUAGCUGGUUUGGGUAGAUACACUAACAUGAUUGUAUAAUAAAUUCUGAAAACACAACUGGAUUGUAAAAUGACUGUACAAAGAAUAAAGCAGCCGAGGACACUGUU